AUGUUUGAUGUUGGUGGAAAUUUUCUAUCAGGUUCAAUCCCCAAAUUUAGCUACAAUGCUUGUACUAAUAUCCCAUCCAUGAAUGGGGAUUUCUUGGAGCCACAUGAUCCAUCAUCUGAAUACAUCUCAUAUUUUGCAUACAGAACUCAAGUUGAUGCCCCUUUGCCAUUUUUCGGGGAUGAUGCUAGUUUUGCUGUGUUGCAUAAUUUUGGCUCUAACAACCUUACAGGCACAGUUAAUUGGAUGCCAAUUGCACCUGAAAGAUUAGGGAAGCAGACUGUUUAUGCAUUUCUUGCUGGUGGAAACAAGCUCGGUGGAUUAUUCCCUGGAAUAUUUUUCGGGAUGUGUGAUCAGAUGAGGGGUAUGAUGGUUAAUGUCAGCAACAAUCUAUUAUCCGGUCAAGUUCCUGCUGAUAUUGGCACGAGGUGCCAAUCUUUGAAGCUCUUAGAUGCCUCCAGUAAUCAAAUUACUGGGACUCUUCCUCCUAGUAUUGGAAAUUUGGUUUCACUUGUUGGGCUUAAUUUGAGCUGGAACCCAUUGAAGGGUCCGAUCCCGAGCAGUAUUGGCCAGAUAAAGGAUCUUGAAUGCCUUUCUUUCGCUGGAAAUAACUUGACUGGAUCCAUUCCCACAAGCUUGGGGCAACUAUACUCUUUAAAACUGCUUGAUCUGUCUUCAAAUUCCCUCUCUGGUGAAAUUCCUGGAGAUCUUGUAAACUUAAAGAACUUGUCUGUCCUCCUCCUCAACGAUAAUAAACUACACGGGCAGAUUCCAUCCGGCUUAGCAAAUGUGACCAUGUUCUCAACGAUUAAUGUGUCCUUCAAUAAUCUGUCUGGGCAACUGCCUUUGAAUGAUAAUUUGAUGAAAUGCAGUAGUCUUCUCGGGAACCCUUUUCUGCUCUCCUGUUACGCAUCCUCUUUGUCAUCAUCUGCCGAUCAACAACAGGCAAGAAUUGGGGAUUCGCAAACUUAUGCUUCUUCACCAUCAACAAUAACUCGAACAAGCACGAAUGGAAGUUUCAACUCAAUUGAGAUUGCAUCCAUCACAUCUGCAGCUGCCAUUUUAUCAGUUCUUCUAGCUCGGAGUUUUAAUGCAAACAACUGCAUUGGAAAUGGAGGUUUUGGAGCAACAUACAAAGCCGAGAUUGCUCCAGGAGUCCUCGUGGCAAUAAAACGGCUUUCAAUAGGAAGAUUCCAAGGUGUUCAACAGUUUGAUUUAGAAAUCAGAACUCUUGGAAGGCUUCACCAUCCGAAUCUGGAGAGGUCCAUAAGAGCUGUCGAUUGGAGGGUACUUCACAAGAUUUCAUUGGACAUAGCCCGUGCACUUGCCUACUUACACGAUCAGUGUGUGCCACGCAUUGCCCGAUCCUCUAUCUUAUACGAUGUUCUUUAUUUAAUUGGGUGA